AUCGCGGUGAGUCGCUUCAAAGCUGCUGAAAAAAAAAGAGUUUAUUUACUUCCGGUGAAGAGUUCAGCUGCUCCUGGAUGUUAAAGUGGAAAUAACGGCCAGCAGCAAAGAUGGAGUCCAGCGAGGACGGGGGCCUCAGUGUCGGAGGAUCUGUGGGAGAGGAGAACUACUUCCUGGGAUACACCUUCACCGACCGCUCCCACUCCAGCCGGGUGGUGAAGAGCAUCAUGGACCUGUGUUUAGAGGACGGCCUGUUCGCCGAUGUCACCGUCACCGUGGACAGCAAAGAGUUUCACCUGCACCGGCUGGUGCUCUCGGCGCAGAGCAGUUUCUUCCGCUCCAUGUUCACCUCCAACCUCAAAGAGUCCCACAACCGCUCUAUUGAGCUGAAAGACGUCAGCCCCACUGUCUUCCAGCUGCUGGUCGACUACAUCUAUCACGGGACGAUAAAGCUGAGGGUGGAAGAGCUGCAGGACACCUAUGAGAUGGCGGAUAUGUACCAGCUCACCGCACUGUUUGAGGAGUGCUCCCGCUUCCUCUCGCGGACAGUGGAGGUCAAGAACUGCCUGCAGGUGAUGUGGCUUGCAGACAGACACAGUGACCAGGAGUUGUAUACUGCAGCCAAGCAUUGUGCUAAAAUCCACCUCGCCCAGCUGCAUCAGACUGAAGAAUUUCUUAACCUGCCUCUCUGUCUGCUUUUGGACAUCAUCAAAGACGGAGUCCCGAGCUCCCAGAAUCCGACAGUGGCCAUCGAGUCGUGGAUAAACCACAACAAGGUGGAGAGAGAGGAGUUUUCUUGUAUCCUUCAAGAAAAUCUCAAGGAAAUCGGCGAGAACGUCCACAUUUAUCUGAUCGGUAAAGAGGAGACGCGGACUCACUCCCUGGCUGUGUCACUUCACUGCGAUGAGGACGACGCGAUCAGCGUCAGUGGUCAGAACAGUUUAUGUCAUCAGAUCACUGCAGCCUGUAAACACGGAGGUGACCUGUACGUGGUCGGGGGGUCUAUCCCUCGCCGCAUGUGGAAGUGUAACAUGCACACGAUGGACUGGGAACGCUGCGCCCCACUGCCCAGAGACCGCCUCCACCAUACCAUGGUCUCUGUCGCUACUGAGGACGCUAUCUACUCACUAGGAGGAAAGACGUUGCAGGACACACUCUCUAACGCCGUCAUCUACUACACAGUGAAGGACAACAUGUGGACAGAGACCAGCCAGCUGGACACUGCGGUGUCUGGGGCUGCUGGCGUUAACCUGGGAGGCACCAUCUACCUGCUCGGAGGGGAGGAGAACGACAUGGACUUCUUUACUAAGCCAUCUCGACUGAUUCAGUGCUUUGACACCGCCUCCCAGAAGUGCCAGAUCAAACCCUACAUGCUGCCAUUUGCGGGCUGCAUGCACGCCGCGGUCCACAUGGAUGUGAUCUUUAUCGUAGCAGAGGGAGACUCCCUGGUGUGCUACAACCCCCUGCUGGAGAGCUUCACCCGCCUGCGCUUCCCCGAGGUGUGGAGCUGCAUUCCUUCACUGUGGAAGGUGGCCAGCUGUAACGGCUGCAUAUACGUCUUCCGGGACAAAUGUAAGAAAGGUGACGCAAACACGCUAAAGUUUAACCCUGCCACAUCUGUCGUCUCUGUCAUCAGGGGUAUAAAAAUCCUCCUCACAAACUGGCAGUUUGUUUUGGCCUAAACUGUCCUCUGGAUGUUGACACUGUGGUCCACUAACUCACCACAGACAAUCAGGGAAGACUGUCGGAUAACUUACCAUGACUUCACUGUUCAGCCAUUCCAGAGAGGAGACCUGCUCUAAAUGUAUUUACUCAGCUGGUUUCUGUGUCACUCAUUCCAUUCUGACUUCACCACCAGACCAGUAAAAACAGUUCAGCGCUGUGUGUGUGUGUGUGUGUGUCUUGUAUUACAGUGUGUCUCAUUGUGGACCCCUUUUUAGAAGUCAAACAAUUUGUGAUGAUGCUGUAACCAGUGAUGAACUAAUCGACAUUGUUUUCCUGUGCACUGCUCGUUUGUAGAGACGCAUGAACAACUUCAGUGUUUAAAAAAAACAAAAAACAAAAAAAAAACCUCGACUGAACACAAAACAUCCUUCGGUAUAUCGUAUGUGAAGACGUGUAUCAUGAUGUUGUAGGUUAAAUAUCCUCAGAUGUCAAACAUAACAUAAUGUUUUAUAACUUUUCAAUUUUUUCACCGUUUCUUGUCUUAAGAUUGUAUUUUUUUGAUGUACGAUGUUCAAGUUUAACUGGUAACAGAAAUGUUAAAUAUAUCACUGUAACUACA